ACGUAAAAAAUUUCAAGCCCUAGUUCACAGUCCAGUUCGAGCAAAUACUUGCAGAAGGAAGCCGUCUUUCAUUUUCUUUCACCCUUUCAGACGACGGAGAACGAGCGCCGAGCUCUGCGCAGGAAGACGCAUCAACCUAUUCUCUGGUAGGGCAGUCGAGUUUUGCUCCGAUCUUCCUCUGCCCACCGCCUCUGCUUCAGUCUCCUGUAAGGCCUUUCCCCUCUCCUCCGUCGCCGGAACCUUUCGCCAAUUUUCAUUCACUAGUAUCCGAAUUCUUCCUCACCGGAAAGUCCUAAUCCCGUCCCCCGAAUCUCUGUGCCGUAAUAAGUUUAACCUAAGAAGAACGCGAAGUAACGCAGAUACACACACGCACACGCUCUUUCUCUCUGCCUUCCGCAUCUUCUCUUUGUAUUGAUUCCCUUCGUUCCGCCUUAACAACUUCCUCCGAUUUUGGGUUCUUUGCCGCAGAUUCUCGUCGCAGUUGGCUGCCGUCCCCUGAAGUCAGCUCUGUCUAUCAUCCUUCCUCUGUGGUGCGUUUAAUUUCAAACUCGUCUCCGUGGUUGCUUUGCUUAUUUGUUUGCAUUACAUCCGUUUCUUUAUUCUGGAGAGCAAUAUCUUGAAUCUAGUAAUCUAGGGUUUUGGCGUUUUCGGAUAUGAUUUAUUCUUCGGAUUCCGGGUGUUAAUCUGAUUGCCUGUGAAUUGUUGGUUCCGUCAAAGAUAGAUCCACCGCCACCUGGGUGUCCUGAAUUUUGAUAAUCUUGUCCGCUUCUUUCUCAGUCUCCGUUUGCAGCAAUCUUCUCAUUGCAGGAGAAUUGAUUGGUUUAUCACUCUCACAUCUGCAGGUGUCUAUUCGGCAAAAUAGCAUUACAAGAAGAAAGGGGUUACUUCAGAUUCUCUAGAUGGGUCGAAAGAAGCCAGCAGCCCGCGACGAGGAUAAUCCUCCCGCAGUAUCUCAGGGAGGUGGAGGGAAAUCAAAGAAGAAAACUCUAGUGAUAGAUGAUGAUGAGUACUCCAUUGGCACGGAGUUGUCUGAGGAAUCUCAGGUCCAGGAGGAACAGCCAGUCAUUACAGGCAAGAAGAAAGGUAAGAAGGCAGACAAGAAAAGUUCACAGGCUAAGCUGGAGAGUGAUGAUAAAUCAUUGGACGAUGAAGGCGAUGAUGAGGUCCCUGACAUUGUGUUUGCUGGGAAGAAGAAAUCUCAAGGUAAGAAAACUGGAGGGACGAGCACAUUCUCUACCUCGAGUUUCGGACUACUCGGAGAUGGAGACGAAGAUGGUGGUGAUGAGGAUAAAAAUAACGAGGAUAACUCCGAGGUAGCAGGUGGUAAAGAUAGUGAGGAAGAGGAUGAAUCAGUUGUGAAUUUCACUGGGAAGAAGAAGAAGAAGCCCUCUCUAAAAGGCAGUAAGGGUGGUGGUAGUGUGUUUAGUGCUUCUGCAUUUGACGCAAUUGAUGAUGGCGAGGAGGACAGUGAGGUUGUAAACAAAGAUGAUGAUCUUGAAGAUGAGGCUUUGAUUGUUGAGUUUACCGGGAAGAAAAAAUCUUCCAAAGGUAGUAAGAAGUCUGGUAAUGUAUUUAGUGCAGCAGCUAGUUUUGAUAUUCUAGAUGAGAAUGUGGAGGGCAAGGAUGAUGAUGAUGAUGUUUCCGCUAUAACUUUCUCUGGAAAGAAGAAAUCUUCUAAAAAAAAGGGAACUAAUACUAAAAGUGAGGAAAAAGAGGAUGUGAAGGCAGUUGAAGAAGUGGCAGACACUUCAAAGAAUAAGAAGAAGAAAAAGAAGAGUGGAAGGACUGCACAAGAAGAGGAUGAUUUGGAUAAGAUUCUUGCUGAACUUGGAGAAGGGCCAUCUGCUCCAAAGCCUUCUGCGCCGCCUCCUGUGGAGGAGAAAGGUCAGGUUCAAUCUGAAGCAGUUGCUGAGACGGGUGGAAAAGAGGAGAAGGAUGGUGAAGAAGAAAAGGAAGAGUCUGCUGCAGCCAAGAAGAAGAAAAAGAAGAAAGAGAAAGAGAAAGAAAAGAAGGCUGCUGCUGCAGCCGCCUCUGCUGUUUCAGAGGUUAAGGAAGAAAAGAUAGCGGAGGUAAAGGGUGUGACAAGUGAGUCCAAAAAGGGUGAUGCCAAGGGCAAAGCAGCAGAUAAGAAGCUCCCAAAGCAUGUCAGGGAGAUGCAAGAAGCUCUUGCUAGGCGAAAAGAACUUGAAGAAAAAAAGGCGAGGGAAGAGGAAGAGAAGAGGAGGAAGGAGGAGGAGGAAAGGCUCAGGCUAGAAGAGCUUGAAAGACAAGCGGAGGAGGCUAAGCGUAGGAAGAAGGAGAGGGAAAAAGAGAAACUCCUGAAGAAGAAGCAAGAGGGAAAACUGUUGACUGGGAAACAGAAGGAGCAACAGCGGCGGUUAGAGGCAAUGAGAAAUCAAAUUCUCGCUAAUAAUGCUAACCUUGGCCUCGCUGCUGGGGACAAAGAAGCAGCACCAGCGAAGAGACCUAUUUACAAAACUAAGAAAACAAAACCAGCUCAGAAGCAUGAAAAUGGUGCAGCGUCUGUUAAUCCCGAGGAAGACAGUGAAAUAAAAGUUAAGGAAGAAGUCGAGCAAGUGUUGUUCGAUGCUGGAUCUGUGGAAGAAAAGGUUGAGGAUGUGGAAACAGAGAAGAUGGAAGAGAAAGUGGAAGUUGCUGAAGGAACCAAGGAAAAUGGAGUGGAAGAAGAGGACGAUGAUGAUGAAGAAUGGGAUGCAAAGAGCUGGGAUGAUAUCAGCCUCAAUGUGAAAGGUGCUUUUGACGAUGAGGAGGUUGAUCCUGAGCCGGAACCUACUGUGAAGAAAUCUUCCGCUCCAGUUGCAGCCAAAACUCCUGCAUCCUUACAAGCGAGCAAGGUUCAGGAUGUCCAAAGUAAAAAGAGUAAGGCCCUUACAGAACAAAGUGGGAAGAAACGCUCUGCUGGUGCCAAAAAUGGAGCCUCAGCUACAGAUGCCACCAGUGAAGAGCCUGAAGAAGACCUCAGAUCACCAAUUUGUUGUAUUAUGGGUCAUGUUGAUACGGGUAAAACCAAGCUCCUGGAUUGCAUCAGAGGAACCAAUGUUCAAGAAGGCGAGGCUGGGGGUAUCACACAACAAAUUGGCGCAACAUACUUUCCUGCUGAGAACAUAAGAGAGAGAACUAGGGAAUUGAAGGCUGAUGCAAAACUGAAGGUCCCUGGUUUGCUGGUUAUUGAUACCCCUGGUCAUGAAUCUUUCACCAAUCUUCGUUCACGGGGUUCAGGGUUAUGUGAUAUUGCCAUUUUAGUUGUUGACAUCAUGCACGGCUUAGAGCCGCAAACAAUAGAGUCGCUCAAUCUCUUGAGAAUGAGGAACACAGAAUUCAUUGUGGCCUUGAAUAAGGUGGACAGACUCUAUGGAUGGAAAGUAUGUCGAAAUGCACCAAUUGUCAAAGCAAUGAAGCUACAAUCAAAAGAUGUCCAAAAUGAGUUCAAUAUGAGGCUUGCACAGAUCAGUACUCAGUUUCAGGAACAAGGACUGAAUACUGCAUUGUACUAUAAGAACAAGGAGAUGGGAGAGACUUAUAGUAUUGUACCAACAAGUGCUAUUAGUGGAGAAGGCAUUCCUGAUUUAUUGCUGCUGUUGGUCCAAUGGACUCAAAAGACUAUGGUUGAGAAACUUACGUUCAGCAAUGAAAUACAGUGUACUGUCCUGGAGGUCAAGGUUAUUGAGGGUCAUGGGACUACAAUUGAUGUUGUGCUAGUUAAUGGUGUGCUUCAUGAAGGAGAUCAGAUUGUUGUUUGCGGUUUACAGGGACCCAUUGUCACCUCUAUUAGAGCUCUCUUAACUCCUCAUCCAAUGAAGGAACUCCGUGUUAAGGGCACAUAUUUACACCACAAAGAAAUCAAGGCUGCACAGGGUAUCAAAAUCACUGGUCAGGGCCUAGAGCAUGCUAUUGCUGGAACUGGUCUGUAUGUGGUAGGGCCUGAUGAUGAUGUGGAAGAUGUCAAGGAGUCUGCAAUGGAAGACAUGAAGUCUGUCAUGAGCCGAAUUGAUAAAAGUGGCGAGGGUGUUUAUGUACAGGCUUCUACCCUUGGAUCUUUGGAAGCUCUGCUCGAGUUCUUGAAGUCUCCUGCAGUGAAGAUCCCUGUUAGUGGCAUAGGGAUCGGCCCUGUGCACAAGAAAGAUGUCAUGAAGGCCAGUGUUAUGUUGGAGAAGAAAAAAGAGUAUGCUACCAUUUUGGCAUUUGAUGUCAAAGUCACGCCUGAGGCCCGGGAACUUGCCGAUGACGUGGGUGUAACGAUCUUCAUCGCAGAUAUCAUUUACCACUUGUUUGAUCAAUUCAAGGCUUAUAUUGACAAUCUGAAAGAGGAGAAGAAGAAGGAAGCUGCUGAUGAGGCAGUUUUCCCUUGUGUUCUCAAGAUUAUGCCCAACUGCGUUUUUAACAAGAAAGAUCCAAUUGUUUUGGGAGUUGAUAUUGUCGAAGGAAUUGCUAAGGUUGGCACUCCUAUAUGUAUUCCUACACAAGAUUUUAUUGACAUCGGUCGGAUUGCUUCCAUUGAGAAUAACCAUAAACCUGUUGAUACGGCUAAGAAAGGGCAGAAGGUGGCGAUUAAGAUAAUUGGCUCAAAUUCAGAGGAACAACAGAAAAUGUAUGGCAGACACUUUGACAUCGAUGAUGAACUUGUCAGCCACAUUUCAAGGAGUUCGAUCGAUAUUCUGAAAGAAAACUAUCGGGAUGAGCUGUCUAUCGACGAAUGGAAGCUGGUUGUGAAGCUGAAGAGCAUUUUCAAGAUACAGUGAGGAGAGUUGGAACAAUUACGCGCGAUUUGGAUGGUGAUGCUUUUGAGGUUUUAAGCUCUGGAGGAGGAUGAGAGUAAAGGUGGGGUUUUACUUGCAGAUUCUGACAGCCUUGUGAGUGUGAGAAGUCACCUCUCUUCUUGGCAACCCACUGGUUACAAUUGGGUGGAUUAUUUCUGAAUCAUGAUCGAGUAAUUCACUCAUCGGGUUUCCUUCUCGUCGUAUAAGUUAGGUGGAGUCUCCUGCUGGUGUUGGCUGUCCGGCCUAGUCUUGUUGAACAGAGCCCAUUUCGCAAUGAUUUUGAAAGGUUAGUUGUCGAUCAAGAUGCAACGAGAAAGCAGAAGUAUUUACUUCUAGCUGACGACGUUGUUGUCGAUCUCUUUUGCUUUUCCUUGGGAAAGAAUUAACGACUUUGGGUUCAGUUCAGAGGAUGGUUGAACCUGUUGGUGCCCCCUUCACCAUUCUCUGGGUCGGGGUACUUUUUUCCUUACAAGGAGGAGUGGAGGUUUUGUUUUGUGCGUGAUCCACUCCAUCCUGUUUCACAAAUAUAAUCUGGAGUCUCUACAGAAUGAAAAGGUAAAUAGCCUCGUACAUUUCACUCCCUCGACAUUCGAUUUGUGUCAUAAUAGAUAGGUUAAUCUUGUUUGAGAAUGAACUGUGCCUCUCGUUAGGCUGGAAUAAUGAUGAACUGGUGAUUGUCUAGGGCUUAAUUUGACUGUUAAUAAUGGCUGAUCCCUAGUUGUGUUGUGAUUCGAUAGCUCGAAUACCGGUGUGGCGAAAGUUCUCCCUCGUCGUAUCUCCCCGUCGAGAAAUAGUUCCAUUGAACAUCCCCAGGAAAGGUUGUCGACCGUCGUUAGAAGCAUUGAAACCAUGCUCUACCUUACUGCAAAAAUGGGGGCCUAACGUUUCAUGGCCUUAAAAAUUUUAAGUCUUUUGUUAUUAGCUUUAUUGAUAGUGCACUUUUAACAAAUCUAUCAAUGUUCAGGCCUGGCCGUCUUUGAAAGCUUCAUAAGUUGGUCUCUUUCGAGAAAAAAUCUCAAGCGAAAGAACUCCAUAAUCUAUAUCUAUCUAUCUAUAAAAAUAAAAUAUAGGGUUAAUUGCAUGGUUGGUCAUUGAGAUUAAAAAAAAAACGCUCAAGUUUGGUCACUCAAAAUAUUUAAAUCCAUUGAUGGUAUUCAAGUUUACUGAAACCGUUCACGUUUGGUCACUCUCCGUUAAAUUUCGUUAACUUUUGCUUAUGUGGCGGUCAACUCUAAAAUUUGAUUAUUAAAUGUAUGAUAUAACAAUUUAAAAAUAAUAAAAAUAAUAAAAUUUUCAAAAUUAU